AUGUUUUUCAUGCCACCGUUUGGAUCAAGGUACAAGAAACAAGAUUACGCGUUAGGAAAAAUCGUGGUCCGGAGGAUCCUCCCAACCCGACGCUCUCCAGGCGCAGACACGACAAAUUACUCCCGUGCCAGAAUCCAGCACAUACAUUGUGACUUGAAAAUUUCUCAUAUUGAAAUGGAGCAUGAAGAUCCUGGCAUUGCAGAGAUCUGUGGCUCAGAUAAAAGUGGGACCAUAAGGAGAAUCUACAUAGCGGACAGAGGUGUGGUGCGCAAGAGUGAAGAUGAUUUGAAGCAUGAGGCCAUCCAGUCCACAAUACAGAACAGACAACCUACCUGGAGGGCAAGUUCACAGCAGGAAGUCUCUCCCAUAGAACGGCAGGGGAAUCUGUUAGUCCCUGGCAACUACGGUGAGGGUGACAUGGCUGUAGCAACCAAUGUUGUCUCCCGGUCCAGCAAACAGCGUCCCUUUAUUUGCAACGAGUGUGGCAAGAGUUUCAGCCACUGGUCGAAACUGCUACGGCAUCAGCGCACGCACACCGGUGAGCGUCCCAGCACUUGCACUGACUGCGGCAAGAGCUUCUCUCAGAACUCACACCUGGUGCAGCAUCGGCGCACCCACACAGGUGAGAAGCCUUACGUCUGCCGUGACUGUGGCAAGAGCUUCAGCUGGAGUUCCAACCUGAUCCAGCACCAGCGCAUCCACACGGGAGAGCGCCCUUACACAUGUGGGGACUGUGGUCGCAGCUUCACACAAAGCAAGAACCUGGCCAAGCACCGGCGAACACAUACAGGGGCCCGGCCGUUCUGUUGCCCCGAGUGUGGCCGAGGCUUUGCACAUAGUGCUGGCCUGAUCAAGCACCAGCGUUUGCGCCAUGACACGGACUCUCCCAUUGGCCACCCGUGUCCAGAAUGUGGACAACGCUUCCGUGCUCCUUCAGAAGUGGAACGCCACCGCAUUGCCCAUCAUGGGGCCACCCCAUCAGAGCCUUUCAUCUGUGUGGAAUGUGGAGAAUGUUUCACCAAGAGCACAACCCUUAUCCGCCACAAGCGAGUGCACAAACCAAUAUUUGUGCGUUGAGGGUUUCUCUCCCUGGUGGGAUGUGAAUUCUAAGUGAUGUCCAGGUUAGUAGCCUGGAGCCUGAGGAUAGUUUCGAUCCAGUGACUCCGCAUCCUGGAUCUCGCUUGCUCAGAUCAAAGGCCCUGAAUGAGCCAGUGUAUCAAACUAGAGAGCAGCAGGAAUAGGAGGAGGCAGGAAAUUCAGCUUGGAGCUCAGGAUUCUGGUCAUUUGUUGGAAGAAAAACUGUUUGUGUCCAGAUCUUGAUCUGCCUCCUGGGGCAGGAUCAAAAAAUAGUUCUCACCAUCUGAGAACCAGAAGGCUGUUACUGUAAAUAAAAGUUUUUAGUUAGAAGCUAUAAGAACUUUUGAGAAGGCGGGAGAUCUGGUCUUCAGUCAAACUAAGAUUUAUUGGGACUUGAAAGGGAAAAAAUGGAUAAGGAAGUACCUUUGAGUUAUUUUUCUUUGGAAAGGUAUGGAUGUGAAGUGAGAAAAAAGUGAGGGCACUGAAGAGUGGAGGAAUAAGAGGGUUGAAACCCAGUUUGUGCAAUAAAGUGUUUUGUAUCCCCUAUCUUAGUUGCUUUCACU